UCGGGAUCGGGUCGGAAGCCGUCACCUCCGGCCCGGCCUGGCCGCUCCAUGCCGCGAAAGGUGCUGCGCUGCGUCCUGCAGCUGGAGAUCCGCUCGAUAACUUGCCCUGGAGUGCUGUUGAAAGACAAAGAGGAGCUCUAUCUCAGUGUCUCUAUACUUGGGCAAUACAAAAAAACUCGGUGUGUCCCUGCAGCAUUUCCACUUUUCUUUCAAGAAAAACUAGUAUUUGAAAAGACAUUUGCUAAUAUAGUUGAUCCUGGAGACCUUGUGGAGUUGCUAGAAGUUGACACAGCAGUACUUGAACUAAUACAGCUCGUUCCUCCAGUUGGAGAAAUUCUUGCUACUUAUGAAGAAAAUACAAGAGAUUUCCUGUUCCCUGACCCUAAGCUUACCUGUCGGCAGCACGGUGCAGAUCGUGAGAUUUUAAUGAAGAGAUCUUCUUAUUUUACUGGAAUUGCACCAAAAUUGAGAUUUUCUACGACCUCCCUUAUUACUGAAAGUCUGUUAAGCUCAGGAAGGAGUCACGUACAGGAUGAUUUGAAUUGGGUACAUCACUCAACUCCAAAUGGAAAACUGCAAACAAAGUUACCAAAGAAAAACAUGCUUUCACCUGAGAAAAGCAGGCACAGUGUAGCAAGAAAGAACUAUGAGCAGCCUACCAUAGCUUCCAAGUCACGUUCUCCAUCUCCAUACACAAAAAGACGAAUGUGUGAGCUGUCAGAAGAAGCCAGGCAACGACUUGCCCACUUAAACCUUGGUCCCUACGAAUUCAGAAGAGAAACUGAUAAACCUCCAUUUGUAGUUAGACGGGUAGAACAACCAAGUCCUGGAACUGAGCUUUAUGCCCGCUGUACCCUGCAAGAAGGCACAAUGGAAGCUUGGUCCAAGGUAACCCGUGAUCUUUCUCUUCUUGGCAGCUACAGACCCAAGAAAGCCAAAGCAAGAUCUACUUAUGGGAAAGACCAUGACAAUUCUUCUGAUGUUUGUAGUGAGGAUGUGAUCUCUGGUUCACCCAACAGGCUGGCCCAUUCCGGCGGUUCAUUAGUGCAUUCAGCACCUUCAGCAUUUCAGAAGCAUUCUCUAAGUUCUGUACUAAAUCGAUCUUCUCUAAGGGAAAGAUUCAACUCUGGUUGGCCUCCACCAGCAAAUGGAGAUGAGAUCCAUAAAAGAGUGAAAAAUAUUUUAAGGACACACAGUGCUAGACAGCGCCUAGUGUUUGAUGAAAGUAACUCAUUGAAAGGAAACUUGACUAAGACAAGACAAUCUUCACAUAAAGCACACUUAUCCUUAAGUGAUCUGCAGAGCAGUUCACCAGUGCAGCAGAACAUCACUGUUCACUUGGAUAAUGGUGAAUUGUGGUCUAACCGUGCAGCUGUAUACAAAGGGAAGCCUCACAGAGCAAUCUUUGAAGACAGUCUUGGGAAAAUAUAUAGAAACAUGUACCGAAAAGCUUCUGGCACUAUUUCAGACCAAAAAGCAUACUCCUGAUGGCAGUUCGGCUGGAAAUGCACAGUACACAGUGUUGAUAUUUCUCAGCAAAACUUUUUUUUAUGUGACAAGUAUUUGUACUCUAUUUUUAAGAUGCAGUUAUGGCUGGGCAGAAUUUUGGAGGAAUGGAGUUUUGGUCUGGGGUGCCAAAUGAAUGCGAUUAGCAGCACCCCCACCACCACAACACCUCUGCUCCAAAUUUAAAAAAAACUAACAAACAACAGCAAAAAAAACUCUAAGCCCCUCUGCAGUCGAUGAGAGUGGUGUUGCUCCUUUGAGACUCUCUGAAGAUAGCCAUUUUAAAGACUAAUAUGUCUGCUGGAUGUUCCUGCCUGACGUAGGUCAGGUUUCAGCUGCAGUCAAUUAUGAUUUAAAUAAUUAAAUCUAUGUAGUAACAUAAGAAGCAAUAAGUCCUAGUGUUCAGUGAGGGUAUCUGAAGGGGAGGGUAAGUGUGAGUGUUGAUAUAAAUGGUCUGCUCUGGAAAAGAGAGAACUUGAAUUGUUUUCUAGAAAAUCAGCUUUGGAUUGUUUUUGAGAAGGGUGGAAGGAUGACUCCAAUAGUGACCUACAGGCAUGCUUUCAAAGUGGUUUCAAGCACCUUUAGUCACAAAUUUUCAAAUAAUGUCAAAUUUUAGAAGAAACCUACCCAGAUCAGCAGUCUUUGUAUUAGAAGAAAGGCUUUCUUAACGUACCCUGCGUGUUUGAAAGUUUCCAGGCUUUCUUGAAUGCAGUCCUGACAUUUGAAAAUAUAAUUGUAGUUUUUAAAAAUACUAAUGGAAAAGGAGGGGGGAGGGGGAAAGACUGGAGCAAGGUAGUCAGCAAGCUCAUGUAUCCAGUACAGGCCUUCUGAAGUGCCUGGAUUGUGAUGCCUGUCCUUGCCAGCCUUCUGGGAUCCCGUUGGCAGAAAUCACAUCCUUUCUGCUAAAGGCCACCAAAUGUUCAUCAGCGGUUCAAUGCUAUCCCAAGGGAUGGAACCUUUUCAGCCUUGCAUUGAGCAGAUCCCACAUUAGCAAGCCAGGGCAAGUUGCCCAUCUAUUGAAAAGCCAAAUGCUUUAAAAGGGCAAGAGUGUCCAUCUCUGCUUCCCUUUUAGAUUGGGGGGGUGGGGGGGGGAACGCAUGCAUAUUCUGGCUCCUUCCCUAACUAAAUGAACAGAUUCAGUUAUACCAAUGGCAUUUUACCUGUUAUGAUUGGAUAAAAGAUAAAGCUUGCAGUACAGAUGGCAGAGCAUAUGACUGUUACCUGCCAGCGUGCCUAGAUAAACAGAAAGUUGGUCUACUUUGCCUUCCAUCCUUUAAUGCUGAGACAAUGUAAUUGAUUUGAGAAAGCAGUUGGUGAGCAAUUAUGCUGGUGGGAAAGCAUGCUGGAAGGUUGUGUGCUUCUGCUUCAGGAAAGGGGGCUCUCAGAGGAAGUGUCUUCCAUGCAGACAUUUCUAUUCCUUGUAACAGUUAAGCACAUUGAUGUGGAUUAACACUGAUCACUUCCUGUCCCUGCUGCCAUUUAACACAUUAGUGCUUUCAGAGGGUAUUAGCUGCACAGCCUUACUCUGUGGAUAACUGUUGAGGCACUUUAUGAAGUAGUAUGCUUUUUUUUUUUUUUUUUUUUUUUUUUUUUGCAGAUGCAAAAAGAAAAA